ACGGCCCGAUCUGCCAACAUCGACGACAUUCCACUCUCGCAACAGAUCGAUGCAGUUCCAGAAUCGUUCGACUACGACAAGCUUCCAACACAAGUCACCGUCAUCGAAACUGAGAAGGUCGAACCGAAGGACGAGCCAAGUCUCAAAUCCAAGAUCACUGGAUUGUUCAAGAAGUCGCCAUCUCAUUUGGAUUAUCCAAUCUCCGAGGAAUACACCCGUGAUGCUCCAGAUGACCUUCCAAUGAUUGAAGAAGGGGCAAUUCAAUGUCGUAGAGCAACAGUUCGCGCCCAUUUAAGAGAAAUGGAUGAGGUGAGACUUAUCGAGGAACGCGACGAGCUUCAACGCCAAAGAAGGCCUCUGCGAAGAGCCAGGCAACGAGUACGAAACAUUUGCACAAUGCUUUAA